AUGGAUUUCCUUAAGAAGGUCGGCGAGCACGUCGAGAGCGUUUUGAACAAGAAAGACGAUGAUGAUAAGCAUGAUUCUCAAUCACAAUCUCACAGCGGACAGAGUCAGCAGUCCCAUGGACAAGAUUACGGCUAUAGUCAGUCUCAGUCUCAAGGACAAGGCCAGUAUGGAAGUCAAAGUUAUGGACAAUCUCAAGGCCAUGGCAAUCAGAGCUACGGAAGUCAGGGAUAUGGCAACCAAGGCCCUUCUCAAGGCUAUGGCCAGUCUCAGGGCCAUGGCAACCAGGGCUAUGGAGACUCAGGCUACGGUAACCAAGGUCCUCCUCAGAGCUAUGGACAAUCUCAGGGUUAUGGGCAGUCUCAAGGCUACGGGCAGUCCCAAGGAUAUGGUAACCAAGGCUACGGUUCCCAAGGCCCAUCUCAAGGAGGUUAUGACCGACCACCAAGCGGUGGCCGUCCUCAAGGGGGAAAGCAAUCUCACGGCGAUGACCCCUCUCAUGAUUCUGCUGCCCAAUAUCUUCAGAGGCAGCAGGCAGUGAACCGAUACCAUUCAUUCGCCUCAGAGUCGAAGGGCAACGUUAAGUGGUACGUCGAUGGUGCUUCAUACUUCUGGGCUGUCUCCCAAGCCCUUGAGCAGGCACAGGAAAGCAUUUACAUUCUCGAUUGGUGGCUGAGCCCUGAGCUAUAUCUUCGCCGCCCCCCUGCUAAGAACGAACAAUACCGUCUGGAUCGAAUGCUUCAACAAGCCGCACAGCGCGGCGUUCAGGUUUACAUCAUCGUUUAUAAGGAGGUCGAAGCAGCUUUGACCCUCAAUAGCAGCCAUACAAGGACUGCUCUUGAAGCGCUGCACAAGAAUAUCCAUGUCUUCCGACACCCCGACCACUUACCCACAGGUUACGACCUGCAGAGGGAAUUGGGCAAGUCUAUCAAGGCUCUAACCAACUUUGAUCUUGCCAAAGCAUCUGGAGAUGCUAUCAAGGCUGUCUAUGGUACUGCUGAUGGUGUUGUACUGUACUGGGCGCAUCAUGAGAAGCUCCUCGUCAUUGACAAUGGCAAGAUUGGGUUUAUGGGAGGACUGGAUAUGUGCUUUGGAAGAUGGGACACAAAUAGUCACCCCAUCGCCGAUGCUCAUCCCGGUAACUUGGAUGCCAUUGUCUUUCCCGGACAAGACUACAACAAUGCUAGAGUCUACGACUUCGCUGAUGUUAAGGACUGGGAUCAAAACAAGCUCGAUCGAACCAAAAGCUCAAGAAUGGGUUGGUCAGAUGUUGCUCUGAGCAUGAACGGACCUAUCACUCGUGACAUGGUCGAUCACUUUAUCGACCGAUGGAACUUCAUCUUCAAAGACAAGUACAAGGAGAAGAAUCCCGGCAAGUAUCACAAACUCGAGCUGCCCCCGCGAGACACCUCUGGUUCUGGAGAUAGACGAUCUAGAGGCGAGGACGAUUACUUGGGUGGCCUAACACAGCAGUUCAGCCGUGGCAUGGAUAGACUGAGAUCAUUUGGGGAACAUGAUGGCACUCAUCGUGACCGGGGGCACAGAUCUGAAGGUCGUGGCGACAUGCCUCACAUCCAGAUGAUCCGAAGUUGCGCUGAGUGGUCAUCUGGCCACCCCCUUGAGCGUUCGAUUCAGAACGCAUACAUCGACGCCAUCAAGAACUCUAGAUUCUACGUUUACAUUGAGAACCAAUUCUUCAUCACCGCCACCGAUGAUAAGCAACGAGUUGUUAAGAACAAGAUCGGUGCUGCGUUGGUAGAAAGAAUUAUUCGCGCUGACCAUGAAGGAACACCCUUCCAUGUCUGGGUUUUGAUGCCGGCCGUCCCGGCCUUUGCAGGAGACUUACAGGACGAGGGAGCUCUGGGAACCAGAGCCAUCAUGGAGUUUCAAUAUGACUCGAUCUCGCGUGGUGGGUACAGUAUCAUCGAGAAGCUUCAGAAGGCAGGCAUUCGAGAUACAUCCAGAUACAUCGGAUUCUACAACCUCAGAAACUUUGAUCGAAUCAAUACUUCCAAGACAAUGGCUGAUGCCGAAGCCCGAACUGGUGUGUCGUACGAAGAGGCUCGAAAGGAGAGAGACCGAGAGUUGGGCGGUUACCCAGAUGAGGCAUCUGGAAGGGCAGCACGUGAUCAGUACCAACAGAGUCGAGGCGACUUUUCAGGCUCACGAGGAGGUGACAACUAUGAAAGUCGAGGCUAUGGGGACCGAUCUCAGCGAGAUGAUUACCGACAGGAGUCUCAGAGGGGCCACAACUCCCGACCAGACAGCAGACGCCAGGACGAUGACUACCGUGGAGGUCACUCUGGGUCCAAAUACAGACGCGAUAGCGACAGCGACGAUGACCGCCGAGGUGGUAGCUACGGGAGACGACGUGAUAGUGAUAGCGACGAUGACCGCCGAGGCGACAAGUACGGGCGUCGACCAGCCCGAGAUCCCUAUGCCCACCCUGGAGCCGAUCCUCGAUUUGAGUCUAGACCCCAAGGAUAUUCUCAGCAGGGAUAUGGACGUGAUGACGACUAUCGCGGCUCCUCACAGCAAAGUUACGGCGGUCGGGGCGACUAUGGGGAGCGGCCAGAUGCAGGAUAUGGACGACCCGAGCGAAAUCCCUAUGAGCAUCCUCAAGCUGACCCACGUUACAGUGGGAGACAGGGUUCUGAUAGUUACGGCUCCCGCCGCGAUGAUCGUCCACAGUAUGGCGAACACUCAAGCUCUUCCCGAUACGACAGCCGGCCAGAACAGCGUUACUCGGGCCACUCUGAUUCAAGAUAUGAUGACCAGCCACAGCGACAGGAACAAGGAGGCUACUCCCAGGGGGGUCACUCCCAAGGAGGUGGUGCAGAUUCGUAUCAGAGAUACCAACAGGGGGCGAGCAAAGUUGGCGACAACACUCUCGACACCAUCAGCUCCUGCUACAUGGACAAAGGCCCUAGAGUCACUGAUCUACGCUGGGAUGGCAACCCUGAAGAUGAAAUUAACGCUUUUGUCUCUGAGGAGUUGUACAUUCACAGCAAGCUUCUCAUCGUCGAUGACCAACUUGUUAUUUGCGGCUCAGCCAACUUGAACGACCGCUCACAACUCGGCGACCACGACUCUGAGAUCGCAGUUGUCAUUGAAGACCCCACACCUGUAGAGUCAUACAUGAAUGGACGUCCCUACACGGCCUCGCGUUUCGCAGCUUCUCUGCGCCGCUUCCUCUUCCGCAAGCAUCUCGGCCUUGUUCCUGACCAACGAUGGGAUCAACCAAACCGAAACUGGACGCCCGUCGACCGAGACCCCAACGAUUACGACUGGGGUUCUCCAGCCGAUCAUCUCGUCGUCGAUCCGCUCAGCCCAGAUUUCCAACGUCUCUGGACCAGCACUGCACGUGUCAACACUGAGACAUUUGAUCGAGCAUUCCACCCUGUUCCCACCAACAGAGUUAGAACCUGGAAGGAAUACGACACUUUCUUCUCUCAGUACUUCAUCAUCCCUGGUAAGAAAGACCAGGAUGUCAAGGCGGAGCUUAAGAAGGGCAAGGUUGAGUAUGGUCACAUUGUGAAAUCUGAGUUCCCUGGUGGUGUGAGGGAGGUCAGGGAGUGGUUGUCACGAAUCCGUGGUACACUCGUUGAGAUGCCUCUUGAUUUCUUGGUUGACGCCGGAGAUAUCGCUAAGGAAGGCUUGACCUUGAAUAAUCUCACGAAUGAGCUCUACACUUGA